AUGUACAUUGUGGCACAUGUUCUACCUGGAUGUAUCCUGGGGAUCACUUUGGACGUUCUGGUACUCAUCAAUCGAAAGGAAGAAGAUUUCAUUCACAGAAAUUGGAAAUUCAUCAGAAUCACUGGUGUAACGACCAAAAAAACAAAUUUAGUUACUGCAUUACAGAAGCGUCGUUUGCAUUUUGACGACACCCAUGCAAGGCACUGCAUUGAACGACAUUUACUCGAAAGCAGUUAUUUUGAUAUCCGUCCUGAUUAUCUUGUGCUAUGGUUCCUUCAUUUUUUUCCUGAGAAAAUUGCGCAUGAUAUUCCAGGCAGCGAGAAGGCGAAGAGUAUCUAUCGGUCCUUAUUCCUUAUAAGCCUGUCGGUUGUCCUCGGCUAUUUCAGCACAGUGAUCAUAGUUUCGAUGAAUGAGCUCUUGAACCUAAAAUUCAAUAUCAUCUACCUCAGCCUAUUCGCUGGAUUGUUCGCAACUCUAGCAACUUCUGUCAACUUCUUCAUUUAUUACGGCAUCAGGUUAGCGAUGCGGACUCAGCUUUUUCCGGUACAAAGCAAGGAGUACCGUGCGGUCUUCGAUGAGUUGCUCGGCAUCGGUCGGCUGAAAAGAAUGCUCUUUAAAACAGCUGCACUGACAACAACUGGCAGGAUCACGAUCACUAACGUGGGAUAG